AUGGCUGCUGGCAAGAAGCGGCAGAAGGCUGGAGGCGAUGGCGGCGGCCUCGGCGGCGACGAGCCAGCCGCGAAGAAGGCGGCCGCGCCCGCGGCCGAGGACACGGCGCCCGCUGAUGCUGCGCCUCGGCAGCAGGCCGAGGCCCCGGCGGCCAAGCCCGAGUCGGCCUUCAGGGCGCCGGACGCGGCGGAGGUCAUGGAGAUAGCACGCACCCGAAACCUCUACAAGUCGAACCUCUUCCGCCUCCAGCUCGAGGAGCUGCUGAAGGAGCUGGCGCCGAGGAGGGCCGCCCGGGCCAGAUUGGAGGCGUUCCUGCACGGGUUGCGGCCGGUGCUCCUCGGCCUGGAGGCGCGGGAGCUGCCCGCGGACCUCGCGGCGGAGUUUCCGCAGCUGCUCUUCCAGCAGCGCCAGCCGUUCCCGAUGACCUUCGCCGCGCCGAAGCGGAUCGACGUCGUUGGCAGCUUCCUGCUGGGGACCUGCCUGCGGUCGAGCCUGCAAGCCGACGUGGCGCUGGAGAUGCCCGCGGAGACGUUCCAGUCCAAGGACUACCUUAACUUCAGGUACUGGGACAAGCGCGCGGCGUACGUCGGCGAGGUGCGCCGCCAGCUGGCGAAGGCGCAGGGCCGGGGCGCGCCCCUGGCGGGCGUGGAGCUGCUCUUCGAGGCGCUCCACGGCGACCCGUGCCGGCCGUGCCUGACGCUGCGGCCGCUGGACCAGGACGCGACGGCGCCGUGGGCGGUGCGGCUGCUGCCGUCCUGCGCCGCGGACCUCUUCCCGCCGCCGAAGCUGGCGCCCAACCGGAACUCGGUGCGCCCCGCGGAGGGCGCUGCGGCGGCAGCCCCGGCUCCGACCGCGCAGUACAACAGCUGCAUCCUCGAGGACGUGCGCAUGCGGGCCUGCCUGGAGUACCUGCACAGGGCGCUCCAGCGCUUCCCCUCGCUGCGGGACGCCGUGCUCCUGCUGAAGAGGUGGGCGUGGGCGCGGGGCUUCCUGGCCCAGCAGCCCGGCGCCCAGCGCGCCGGCGGCGGCCUGGCGGUCUUCAUGCCCCUGAGCGGCUUCUGCCUGUCCGUGCUGGCCGCGCACGCGGCGCAGACGGCCAGCGUUGCUCCCACGGAGACGUCCUCCUUCCAGCUUUUCAAGCUCGCCCUGAGCGUGCUGGCGUCCAUCGACUGGGAGUCGCAGAAGCUGGUGCUCGGCGCCGCGGCGCCCCGCGCGCUCACCGCCGAGGAGCGCUCCACCCGCGGCGCCAACUUCUUCGACGCGGACGGCAUCCUCAACUUCUUCUGGCGUCUCGGCCCCUUCAUCGGCGAGCUGAAGCGGGAGGCCCAGCGCGCCCUGACGCUCCUCGACACGGAGGCCGACCCGUACGACGCGGUCUUCGGGCGGCGCAUGGCCCCAGAGCUCCUCUGGGACUGCGUGGUGCGGGCCCCGCUCCUCGGCAGCGCCGCCGCGACGCCCGCGCUGGCCGCCCCGCCGCCGCCGCACACGGUGCUGGGCACGCCGCCGCCCGCGGACGCGUGCGAGGCGCUCUCCCUGGCCGCCCGGCUCCCCGAGGUGCUGGCCGCGGGGCUCGGGGACCGCUGCCUGCAGGUCUCCGCGCGCCUCGUGGGCGAGCCCGGCCCCCGCUGGGACCGCGAGCGGCCCGCGGGGGCGCUCGCGGUGGUGGCCGGCAUCACCCUCGACGCCCUGCACCUCGACCGCAGCUUGGACAGGGGUCCGAGUGCGGAAGACGUCGAGGCGGCGGCGCGCUUCAGGAGUCUGUGGGGGCCCGAGAAGUCGGAGCUGCGGCGCUUCAAGGACGGCAGCAUCCUCGAGUGCGCGGUGUGGACCAAGCCGCCCGCGGACCGGGCCGCCGACUCCAAGAAGCACCCCGCCGUCGUGACGCAGAUACUUCUCGCACCUGCUGGACAGACACUUCGGCGAGAUUGCGUCGCGCGCUGA